AUGUCCUCUCGCUACGCCGCCGCCCACCAAAAUCCCAAAGGGCCCGGAGAUGCCCGCCCUACAGCCCUCGACAUCGUCAGAGAUGAAGGCCUGCUAGGCAAGCUCACGGACAAAGUCGUCCUCAUCACUGGCUGCUCUUCAGGCAUUGGCAUCGAGACCGCCAAAGCUCUGAAUACUACGGGUGCGAAGCUGUUCCUGGGAGUCCGCGACACCGCCAAGGGACAAGCCGCCCUAUCCGACAUCCUGAAGCCGGGGUAUGUCGAGCUUUUGAAGAUGGACCUGAACUCCCUCGACAGCGUGCGGUCGGCGGCAGAGGAGUUCCAGAAACAGAGUAAGACGCUCAAUAUUCUCAUCAACAAUGCAGGCGUCAUGGCGACACCAGAGGGUAGAACGGCGGAUGGCUUUGAGACUCAAUUCGGCACCAACCAUCUCGCCCACUUCCUACUCUUCCAGCUCCUCAAACCUACCCUUUUCGCCUCCUCAACGCCAGGCUUCAACUCCCGCGUCGUAUGCCUUUCCUCCUCCGGCCACCGUGGCGCUGGCAUCCAAUUCGACGACUACAAUUUUGAGAAAGGCGACUACGCGCCCUGGACCGCGUACGGGCAAAGCAAGACGGCGAAUAUAUACAUGGCAAACGAGAUUGAGCGACGCUACGGGGCAAAGGGUCUACAUGGGCUGAGUGUGAUGCCUGGUGGGAUCAUGACGGGACUGCAGGUGCACGUCAUGGAUCAACUCUCGGCCGGGAUGGACGCGGCGCGGUAUUACAUGAAGAGUCCAGAACAAGGUGCCGCUACGACGGUUUAUGCGGCGCUGAGCAAGGAGUGGGAAGGGAGGGGUGGAAGGUAUUUGGAAGAUUGCCAGGAGGCCGAGGAGACGGAUGAUCCCUCCCCAUUAGCCAUGGGAUAUCAUCCUAGGGCAUAUAACGAUGGGGGCGAGAAGAAGCUGUGGGCGGAUUCUCUAAAAUUCGUGGGAAUCAAGGAUGAUAUAUAG